UGGCAAUAGGUGCCAAUCGGAGUCGCUCGGUGUCGGUCGUGCUAGCAGAAGGAUUUCAAUAUUGACGCGCAUUUGACGCUCUCGCAGCCGUCGUCGAAGUGCGCGAGAGCGGUGUUAUUCACGAGUGCGGAAGAAUCUACGAUUCUGUGGCAAGCGAGAUAUAGCUUAUCGACGAUUGCCGGCCGACAAGGGACGCAAUGUCAGACGCGAUGAUGGAUGAACGGGUAACUGAUGAGAUUGAGGCAUUAAAAGCGAUCCUAUUGGAUGAUGAGCUUAACAUCAAGGAGAAUGACAGAGGGGAACCAGAGUACAUCGAGACAAUAUUGUUUCCCUCAACGGGUGAAGAUUCACAGUCGCAAUACGUCUGUGUGACAUUGGUGGUGCGAUUGCCUUCAGGAUAUCCAGAUGUUUCACCAUCUAUUAAUCUUCGAAACCCAAGAGGUUUGGACGAAAACACAGUGAGGUUGAUGCAGUCUGAUGCAGAAGCCAAAUGCAAAGACUUUAUAGGUCAACCAGUUAUGUUUGAAUUGAUUGAGUUAGUACGAGAACACUUGACGAGGAGCAAUCUUCCCACCGAUCAGUGUGCUGUCUGCUUGUAUGGUUUUCGGGAAGGGGAUGAAUUCACGAAGACAGAAUGUUAUCAUUACUUUCACUCCCAUUGUUUGGCGGCACAUGUUGCUGCUGCUGAAAAAUAUUAUAGAGAAGAGCAAGAAAAAUUGCCGCAAUGGCAACAAGAUACUACGAAUAAAUUUCAGGCCAUAUGUCCUGUUUGCCGAGAGUCGAUCAAUUGCGAUGUCGAGAGCUUGUGGUCAGCACCGCCACCGAUCGACGUCGAAGCUGCCACCGAUUUCUCCGUCACUGCUGAGCUAAGAGAACUGCAGAAACAAAUGGCAGCUCUGUAUCUGCGUCAGCAACAACGAGGCGGUAUAAUCGAUCUAGAAGCCGAAGGCGUGAAGAUGUUGGUGAGAACAGAAGAUGAUCCUUCCGCUGCCACAGUGGAAGUUAGUCCACCUGGCACGAGUUUGAACGCGUACUCUAAUACCACUGUGCAGCCGGUUACUCAAGUUCACUCCAAACAGACUUCAAAUCAGGCGCAAAAUCACCACACGCAGUACCAAUCUCGCCAAGUUCAUCACAAUAAUCACGGACACAACCACAAUCAUGGCAACCGACAUCGUGGUCGCGGCCGUGCCCAUUACCGACGCCACUUUGACAGAGUCAGACAGGCGGAAUCUACUCCCAGAUGACAAUGGGCUCGAGACAAGCUUGCCACCGUCAUCUGGUCGUCCCUCGCUCCUUCGCUAAGUGUAUACAAUAUUCUGAUUAGCAUCAGUAGUAUAAUCGUCGGUGUAAUAUACGGUGACUGUCUAUCCUCGAGUAAUCUCACCGCAAUAAACUUAUAGGUGUCGUUGUUCGGCAGCAUCCCCGUCGUCGCGACCAUCGCGUACGUGACGAUGGGAUGCGUGGCGAUCUCCCGUCUGGACUGUCUACGUAGACCGAAGCCGUGGUGCUCUUUCGAACGAUCCGCAAUCGUACAAAGUAGUUGAUAUCAUUUUGCUUUAGUUCUUUUUUCUUAUUCUUUAUUUUUUCAUUCACGAACGAUCUCGUGACAUUAGAUUCAUCGAUUCUCCUCGUCUCUCAUGAGCGUAGAGUACGAUAAUAAUUAUCUAAAAUAAUUAUUUAAAAUGAAAGCGGGCUUUUGUGUCGCUUUUAAGUAUAUCUUGCAAAAUAUAUUUUUAAUUUCAAACUAGCAUGUUUGAGUUUAGGUUUCAAUACAAUUUUCUUCUUUAUGUGGUUAUUAUCGAUACCACUGCUAAAUGGGAAAGUUGUGUUAUAUUAAUAAAAUAAGAUUAAUUCAGGAGUUAACCAUAUAGUUUCGAUAGAUACACACAACGGGUAUUUUAGUUUGCCUUCGAACAGACUGCUCGAAAUGGAUCGUAACGUUUGAAAUUGUUGUUUUCCCUGAUGAUCUUAUGAGAGAAAGAUGAGGAGGAUCGAUGAUUCCAAUAUCCUUUGUAUUACCUUUGUAUUCACUGCCGCGAACACGAGAAUCUUAUUCCAUUUAUCCGCGAUGAUUAUCUUUUUUUAAUUUUGUCGUACUUGCCGUGUCGAUAAUGCGCGCAAAUGGACGCUUAACUUCUCAACUCUUUAAGCGUAUACAAUCAGACGACAAUAUUGAAAAAACAUAAUAGUGCGAAUACUUCGCAACUCAGUCUCGUGCGACAGUGAGUUACGAGAGAAAACUGUGCAAUCAAAAGCCCCAUCGAAAUGAAAAUAUUUUAUACGUUCGUAUAAAAUUAACGUAAUCAAAAUUGACAGACACCAUUUAUUACGCUUAGCGUACAAUGUUGCGUGACACGCUUCUGAUUGUAGUUGAUACCAUUUCAGCGAGUUCAGAUUUUCGUGCUGUAAUAAUAGAUAUUUUAUGCAAUUGUAAGAGUAUGUCAUGGCUGCAUAUAUUUGUUUUACAUCUAUAGCAUGGAAAAUCGAACUCGAUAAGAUUGUGUCAAUUUCAAUAACCGUCUAACAGUCGUAUGAGUAAUUAAUAAUGAUUACCAAAAGUGUAUGUAGAGUGUUCUAAGAGUCAUUUUCUCGAAAUUAUAUUAACGAGGAAGUUAUAUUCCGAUAUAUCGACAUUUUUCCUUUUUCCAUUUCAGUUAAUUAAUUUUAUUAAUCAAGCCCACAUUGACGUCUAAUUUUUUAUCAAGAAAAAACAUUAAGUUCGUUAGUAGUUAAAAGUGUUUCGCAUCAUUAUCUUGGAAAAUUAUUCAGGCUUAACAGGCUUGGUUUUUUCUUAGCAAGUCCCAGUUUUGACGAAUUAAUCUACAAAUUUUUAGCCGAAAAGUAUAAACUAUACAUUCAUUAUCACUGGCAAUCAUUUUUAGUAAGAUUAUCAGCAUUUUCCGCAAAGGUAGCGGAACAUAUUUGCGCCAAUUUUAGAAGCGAUCCUUAGAACACGCUGUACACAUUAAAAUGUGCCAUUUAACACUUGUUCGUUCACGAAGAAAGUAUAUGGCAUAUCUGAAAAUUCUUCAAAAACAUUUUGCAAAUUGAUACGCUUUAGAGUAACAUACAUUUUUUAGGAAAGACCCGUUACACAUUACAUUACGUCGCUCGUAGUUCGAGUUUAUAGAUCGAAGUGCCCGCGAUCGACAAGCAUAGAGAAUUGUGAUAGAAAAUAAAAAGAAGCGAAGCAUAUCCAUCGCAUCAAAUUUGAACAAAGCGUAGAACAAGUUUCGUAGACAGCUAAGAGAAAUAAUAUUUUGUUACUUUAAGUUAUUUCUUCUUGCGUAAAGUUCCUCACGCAGUCGCACCGUACCGCUAUAGUUCGAUUUAUAUUUUGCGUAAACUCGACUCUAUAAUUUUAAGGGGACGAAGGCAUCGUCUAUUGUAGAUACUCCCUCAACGUAUAUGUAUAUUAUAUCGAAAAAAAUUGUUAACAACCUUAAACUCUUCCACAUGAAUGUGAUACUUACAAAAGGGUAAUAGGCUAAAGUAAGGAAAUUUUAGACGCAUUUAAAUUGAUUUUACGCUUUGGAUUAUCCGUAAAGUUUCUCUCAGAUUUUUACUCAGAUCAAUCGCUUAGUCCGCUUAAAAUCUCGGAAUUCGCCCAGCCGUUUCAUUCUCCGCCAGAGAAGAUUUUUAGAUUUUUUAUUAUAUUUUCUAUCUGAUGUCUCUACUGAAAGCAGAAUGCAAUACAAAAUUCAUGAAAAAACCUUAUCGAUGAUACAUCUAGGAUAUUUUAUAGAACGUACAUCAGACAUACUUGGAUUAGAUAUUGCAACAUUCACAUAAAACAAUAUACUAUUAAAUGCUUUUGCAACAAUUAGUUUUAAAAAAAAGAAACAACAUAAGAUCAAACAAAAAGCAUCGAAUUGAGAAAACUUCGCGACACAUGUUCUGCUUUCAAAGCGUUUCUUAGAGGAAUCUCUUCUCAUUUAAUUAAAAAAAUUAAUUAUAGUAUUUUUGUUUCUUGUGGAUAGGAAAGAAAAAAUUAUAGUAAUAUAUAUAAUUGGCUAAUUAAUCGUGUUAACGAUGGUCAUUAUAGAAAAAGAAUAAAAAGAAAAAGGAACGAUCGGAAAUUAUUGCACUAUUCUAAGAACGAUAUUAAUAUUUUUAUAUUAAUUGUAUAUGUUUUCGUUGGUAUAUAUAUUUCGACAUAUUUUGCGUAUAAUAUAUUAAAUUAUUCCAGGCUUAAGACGCGUAAUUAACCGCAAAAAGGAUCUAUUAAAUGUUGAAAGUGCGUCGAUUAA